AUGCAUAAUUCCUCGUCGUGGAUCAAACGGCUGUUGAGUAAACCGGAGAACUCGUUCAUGUGCGCAGUGGACAUACCGUACAUCCAGGACACGUUCAAUCACGUCGGGCUGGAGAAAACGUUGCCGGACUACGAGGCGGCAGUCCGCGUUGUGCUAGACGACGCUCCUGUCUCACGCUCCUGCAAGGACGAUCCUGAUUCGCAAUCCUCGGCCGAGCUGGUCUACGGUCUGAUACACGCCCGGUACGUGAUGACACCGCGAGGAGUCGCCAAAAUACUCGAGAAAUACAUGGCUGGCUGUUUCGGACAGUGUCCGCGAGAAAACUGCAAACGUUCGGCCGUCUUGCCCAUAGGGCUGGACGACGUGGUCGGGGAGAACACCGUGAGAAUCUACUGUCCCCGGUGCAUGGACGUGUACAACCCUCCACCAGGGGCAAAAGGGGCGGCCGUGGACGGCGCAUACUUUGGCACCGGUUUACCGCACAUGGUGUUGAUGACACGACCGGAGUACAUUCCGUUAAGGCCUAAAGGCCGGCAUGUGGCCAAGCUUUAUGGGUUCCAAAUUCACGAUUCGGCGUACGACUUGCAGCGGAACGCUUUCACCGAGUACAGGCGGACCUUGAAACAGCCUCCCGCCUCCACCUCGACAGCAACCGCCAGAAUCACCUCCACCAAUACCUCUACCAAGGCUGGUACAUCAAUCGCAGCCACCACUGACGCUGCUUCCACUACCACCAUCAUCGUCUCUUCUAACGCAAGUGACCAAAAUUCACGUCUUGUAAAUAUGAUUAAGGCAUAUCGUCGUGCCCCGUUAUUAAAACGAUAAUAAAACUGUUUCUUAAAAUCGGCAAUUAUUUAUUACUGUCCACAUCUGUGAAAACUAUGCGCGCUUUUAAA